AUGAAAAAUACAUACACAUUUUUGUUAUAUUUGGGUAUUGGUUUAUUUGUGCUGAGUUCUAAUUGUUUUGAAUUAGAUAUUGGACAAAUAAGUAAAUAUCGUAAAGGAGGAAAUGAGAUAAAUGUGACAAGAGAUGAAAACAAUUUUUACAAACAUCAACCUUACGAACCUUUUUUGUUGAAGGAAUUAUACUAUGAUGAUGAAUUAAUAUAUUUUGAUCCUCUUCUAACUUCUGAUCAACUUUUGAUCUCUGCCUCUGUUCUUUGGGUAUCAAAUAAUCCAACAGUAAUUCACUUAAAUCUUGAAAAAUCAACAAUUAUGCUAUUGAAUGAAAACAAAUCAUCACUAAGUGUAGAAGCUAUAUUUUCAGGUGGAAACAUUUCUAACAUAAAUCAUAAAUUUCAUCCUGGUUCUGAUAAUGCUGUUGAUGUAGAUAUAAAACAAACUCAAAACUACACUAGUAAUUCGUUGAAUGUUUCUGUUAACCAACUUCAUUUAUCAGGAAAUGGUCUAGAAAACUUUGUAUUAAGGUAUUAUGACCUUGGUUCAUACAAAUUAAAUAACCUUAAGUAUGGAAAUGAUGUUCUGAAGACUGUAACUGAAACAUCCACUCAAACCAAAGAGGUCAUUCUAGAAGUUCCUAACAAGGAACAGGUAUAUGGAGUAUAUGUUUACAGUUAUAAUGACUUUCCUCUAAUGAUUGAGUUAGUGUAUACUUACAAUAAAAGGCUGUAUUAUGGUAAUUGUCCUGUAAGAAAGUGGCAUAAAUUACUUAUGGUACCUCUAAAUGAUCCAUCAUAUUAUGAAAAUCUACUUAACAAGCUUAAUUAUUACGCCUGCAGAAAUGGAUUCAAGAUUACUAUAGAUGCUGAUAAGAUAGCAGAAGAAGACCAGGGUUACUAUGAUAUUGAUAAUUAUUGCCUUGGACCUAAUGGAGUAGAACCUGUUCAAAAUAGAUUAGAUUUAAAGCUUAUAAAACAUGGUGAACAUUACUCAUGUAAUAUACAUAAACCUUUGAAUGAUAGAAAAUUCUUUACUGAUAAUUUAUAUUAUGAGAAUUCAAUUUUUGAACUGCAGAAUUUACCAAAAAAGAUAGAUUGUAUAAGAGUCUAUCGAUAUCGCGAUAAUAAACCAUGCUUAAUUACUAUUGUAAGCAAAAAUUCUUUGUUGUAUUAUAAACGUGAGGGUGAUAGUUGGAAAUACCUUAAUACUGAUGAGAAUCUUACAGAUAUAAAUAACGAAUUUAAUGAAAAAAUAAACAGACUUUUGUAUGAGUUUGAUCCUGAUGAAAAAUGUGAGGAGAAUCUAAUAGAUCAAAAAUGGAAGAAGGAACCCAAACUAAUCCUUAAUAAAGAAACUGUUAAAUUGUUACCUGACAAAGUUACGAUAAAAGUUCAAGGUGAUGAAACCUAUGAAAUGUCAACGUUGAAGUAUGACAAUAUUCAAUUGGAAUCAAAAAUAUUGAAAAGGUUUCAAUUUGAUAUAUAUAGUUAUAUGGAUGGUAAACAAAAAAGUUGUCUAAUUAUUAAUGGUGAUCUGGAAACUAAGAUAGUUGUGGAGACAAAACCAUUUCGUGCCUUGAUAGCCAUCUAUUAUGAUGGAAGACCUAUUAUUGAAUUCGAAAAGGAAGAUGUGUUAAUUCAUAAAGCAAUUUAUUUUUAUGAUAAGAACAAUCAUGAUAUGAAUGUUUACCUGUAUACCAACAGUUUGUAUGUUUACCAUUUCAGAAAUAAUUACUACAAGUAUGAUUAUAGAUGGGAACUAGUGUCCAAAGAACCUGUAACACUAGCAGAUUCCCAUAAAACAAACCAGAAUCUGAUAAAUUAUUUUGAUCAAGUUAAAAUACUUGAUACAACUGGAACUCAAAAGCCCAAAGAAAUUACCGUAACUAAUGAAGCAAUAGAUUUGAUGACCAAUGAAGAAGUAGCGAUACUGACACGUAAUUACUUUAAGGAGAAUAUUGAAACAAUAAAGAGAGAUCAAUCUAAGAAUAAUGACACAGAAAGAGAGAUUGAUGUAUCCAAAUUUCAAGAUUCUUCAACUACCAAAGAAUCUGGUUACUUCAAAAUAAUCAAAGAAAAUGAAAAGAAAAUUCUAGAAUUAACAGAUACAUUGAACCAUUUUGUAAAGCUCAUAGAAUACAGUAAGGAAGAUGAUGAAUUGAAUCUGUAUUUAUAUACCAACACACUCUAUGUAUUUAGGUUUCAAAAGAAACCAAAUGAUAAUGAAUGGAAGUUUAUAAUACUUCAACCUGUAAUGUGUCUUUAUAAGAAUGUUAGUGAACCUCUGAAACCUUACUUUACCAAAAUGAAUGAGAUUAAUAAAUUUGAUUACAAUGUUGAUAUAUAUGAGGAGGUUCUAAAUUUACUUCCCUUACGAGCUGAAAUAAUAACGAAUAAAAAUAGGAAAUAUGUUAUUAAUAGCAUUAAACAAACAUUACCAUUAUUAAAAGAAGAUAAAUUUAAAAAAAUAAUUUUCGAUGCUUAUUAUGAUUACAGUGACCAUUACUGGGAUUAUGAUCUACAAAAAUAUGUUAAAUCUAUGAAUUUAACAAGAGUAGGAUAUUAUGAUUCAGAGGCUGAAGUUGUUGGAGAUCAUGUAAUUAAUAAUAUUAAAUGGUAUUCAUAUAAUGUUUUAAAUGUUAGUCCUGAGGAUAUGUCAAAUUUCCUUAUAGUUGAAUAUUUUUAUAACGAUGAAAUAUACAAUAUAUACGCAUACUCCAACACACUGUAUGAAUAUCAUGCUACCAGACGUUAUGGAUAUGAUUAUUAUUAUAAAUGGAAAAUCUCAAAAGAACCAGUACAAAUAGUUAAAGAAACAUUGGCUGAAAAGGAUUUAAGAGACCUGAAAAGAUAUUAUAAAUUAACAAUAAACCUUAACGUAUUUGAUUUUGUCUAA